CGAAACAGCAGCGGAGUGACACCUCGUUCCCUUCAAACUGUUACUCCGGGCUGCAACCGAUAAACUGCAUUUGAGGAGCAGCAGGCAGCUUUGCUACAAAUGAACGAAACGCUGAAUUGACCGCGCGCCUUGUUCAAGAUCCACUAAAGAUUUUAUUGGGAAAAUAAGUCGCGUGUGUUUGCUUUUUGGAGGUGAAACAUCCCGCGGGGCCCAGCAGCGUCUGCAGCCUGUCGACGUCGUUUGUUCAUCACCCAGAAGCUCCUUGGUCUGCACAGACAGUAGCUGGUGGGAUGAACAAGUCCAGAGCAGCUUCUGAUAGAAACCCCCCCCAGCCUCCAGGCAGCAGGAUAACACGCAGCUCCAGCUCACAGGCCAGACACAGCAACCCUACAGAGGCCCAGGACCUGUAUGGAAAACAGCGCAAGAAGCAGCCAGACUCUGCUCUGGCUCAGGACCUCAGCCAGAUGAGUGUGAGCACACAGCCCGUCCUGCCUACGAGUAGAGGAAAGACACCCAAGGACAAAGCUGAGCCUAUGCAAGCCGGGCAGUCCUCACGGUCCAGAUCUGCCAAGGCGUCGUCCCGUGGCGGGCUGGCGUCUGUGGCUCGGUUGGUCAAGCUCGGCCGCUGCAAGAACGUGUUGGUAGUGGCUGGAGCAGGAAUCAGCACAGCUAGCGGCAUCCCAGACUUCAGAACUCCGGGAACAGGUCUUUAUGCUAACCUGGAGAAGUACAACAUCCCGUACCCAGAGGCCAUUUUCAACAUCGACUACUUCUCCAAUGACCCGCAGCCCUUCUUCUCCCUGGCCAAGGCUCUGUAUCCUGGCAGGCACAGGCCCAACUACAUACACUACUUCAUCCGCAUGAUUCACCACAAAGGCCUGCUGCUCCGAAUGUACACGCAGAACAUAGACGGGCUGGAGAAACUGUGUGGAAUCCCAGAUGACAAACUUGUGGAAGCUCACGGCAGCUUUGCCACAGCAUCCUGUCACUUGUGUUACACUCCGUACCCUUCUGAGGAGGCGAAGAACGCUAUAAUGAACGAUGAUGUGCCCAUAUGUACGUUCUGCGCUGCAACAGUCAAACCGGAUGUUGUGUUUUUUGGAGAGGACCUUCCUCAGAAGUAUUUUCUCCACACAAACGAUUUCCCCAAAGCAGACCUUCUUAUCAUUAUGGGCACGUCUUUACAGAUCGAGCCGUUCGCCAGCCUGGUGAACACCGUGCGCGCCGCCGUGCCACGCCUCCUGCUCAACCGACACGCUGUGGGUCCCUUCCAGAAGGUCCCGCUGCGCAGAGGAGACUACAUGGAGCUGGGGAACAUGGAGGAUACGGUUCGGAGGUUCGCCGAGAUGCUGGGUUGGAGCCAUGAGAUCGAGGAUCUGAUGAGGAGUCAGGAAACGGGGUGUGUACCCACGUUGAUGAGCAGCCUUCCAGCGGUGACGGCACAGACGACUUGCUGGAACACAGAAGAUUCCGAACCUCAGUGUAGUAUGGAGACCUCCAAAUCCAGACCAGCUGCUCCGAGAGCAGCCAGCAGCGGCAGUGAGGAGACUGACUCUGAGACGGACAGCAAAAGCUCUGCAUCCUCCACCCCAAGCAACUGACGAGGGCCAAGGAGGUCACUGGAAAACUGAGACGAAUCCCUGUCUCCAGGUUCACACUGACUGUUCAGUUAAAUAUGUUUUCCAUCAGGUUAUUAGAAUCAUCAGCCUGAUGUUCCUGCUACGUUCAUAUGAGCAAAUCACGAUUUUAUCCAGUCCAACAAUAUUUAAAGCACUUAAGAGUCGUGGCACUAGUAAAAGUCUGAGCCCUGUAAAUGUUUGUUUUAUAUCCGUACAGUAUUUAAUAAAUAUGGUGUCAUUUGCAAAGUUUA